CUACAUAACAAGCUCCAGUCAUUCUUACAAAACAAGCGUAUUGGACAGUGUUCAGUCUGUCACGCUUUACGAAACAACACACAUUGUAGACAGACCGAUCUGCUGCUUAUAUGUGUCAGAAAUGUCCAUCUACAGGAACGCCGUGUGGUUUGUGAAAGGACUCCAGGAGUACACAAAGAGCGGCUACGAAGCUGCAGCGAAGCAUUUUGCUCCGGCCGACCUGGACGUAAACCUGAGCGGGAGGUCCUUCAUGAUAACAGGAGCCAACAGCGGGAUAGGGAAAGCGACAGCGCAGGAGAUCGCAAACAGAGGUGGAACCGUUCACAUGGUUUGUCGGAACAAAGGCCGAGCAGACGCAGCCAAGGAUGAAAUUAUGGAGCGGAGUAAAAAUCAGGACGUUCACGUCCACAUCGUCGACAUGUCGAGCGCGAGGCAGGUGUGGGAGUUCGCGCAGAGCUUCUCGCAGAACAACGCGGUUCACGUGCUGAUCAAUAACGCAGGCUGUAUGGUCAACCAGAGAGAGUUGACCGAGGAGGGAUUGGAGAAGAACUUCGCCACGAAUACACUCGGUACCUACAUCCUCACCACUGCCCUCAUACCUGCACUGAAUAAGGCUGAAGACCCGAGAGUGGUCACCGUGUCGUCGGGCGGGAUGCUCACGCAGAAGCUGAACGUGGACGACCUCCAGUUCGAGAAGGGGACGUUUGACGGCACCAUGGCCUACGCACAGAAUAAAAGGCAGCAGGUGAUUCUGACAGAAAGAUGGGCCGCUCAGCACAAAGAGAUCCACUUCUCGUCCAUGCAUCCUGGCUGGGCCGACACACCAGCCGUCCAGACGUCCAUGCCGUCCUUCCACGCUAAGAUGAAGGACAAGCUGAGGACGGAGGCCAUGGGGGCGGACACCGCCGUGUGGCUCGCCGUGUCCCCGGCCGCCGCCAAACUGCCGAGCGGACUCUUCUUCCAAGAUCGCCAAGCUGUGGCCACGCACCUGCCGCUCGCCUUCUCCAAGUCCACGUCGCAGGACGAGGAGAAGCUUCUGGCUGCGCUGGAGGAGUUCGCGCUCAAGUUCAAACCUUAAUAUCUCAUCUUUUUUUUUUUUUUUAAACCAAGCACUCCACACUAAUUAUCAUUGAUGUUUACAUGAUCUUACUCUCGUGAAUGUACAAGACAGUUUCAACUGAAACCUUUAAUGGACGCAGCUGUUCUACGUCAAAUUAAAGUUGUUUUCAGGGAAAGAUGGAGUUUUAUUUAUCCGCCUCAUCCAAAGGCAAAUAAAAAUGUGUUUUUGUAAUAUGCUUAAUAUACAAUCUUUAGCUAUUCAAAAGGACAAAUCCAUUUUUGUAUGUUAAUUUCUGUAAAAUGUACUGUAUGACUUUAUUAAACAGAUCAACUUUAAA